UGCCAGCUCUGCAGACGAAACUGUAGGGGGUUGUCCUGGCUUAUUCGUGGAGUUGAAACGGGGCGGGAGUAGAUUAAUUUUCAUGGGUUGGGGUGUGGAGGGGUGAGGGAGGCGCCGCCGUUGUCCAAGAUGGAGGAGGUGGACCUGAGUGACCAGCCCAGACAGAGGGUCAGCUCGGACAACCUGAGUGCUGACCUGGACGAGUCUCCGGAUCCCAGGAUCCAGGUUGAGCUAGAACGACUCAACACCUCGACUGAUACCAUUAAUAAAUUGGAAGUUGAUCUUGAUGAGGCGCGUAUGUUAUUCCGGCAACUGCUUGCUGACUCCACUCAUCGUAUUGACCUCUUGGCCAAGAGGCUGGGUAAAUGUGUGGAGCAGUCUCGUCCGUAUUAUGAUGCCCGCAUCAAUGCAAAACAGGCACUCAGGGAGACCCAGGCAGCUGCAGUGCGUUACGAGCGUGCCAUGAGCCAGCAUGCUGCGGCACGCGAGAUGGUAUUCCUAGCAGAAGAGGGACUCAUGCAGAAGGGAUGCGUCUUCGACCAUACUUGGCAGGAGAUGCUCAAUCAUGCCACUUCCAAGGUUAAUGAUGCGGAACGUGAAAAAAUUGAGAGUGCAGCUGAGCAUCGUCGUACGUCGGCACUCUACCAUGAGGCCGAGACCAGAGUCAAAGCUCUACAAAAAGAGUUGAAGAGAGCCAUUGCAAAGUCCAGUUUGAAUGCACGUCGCAGCCUGUUGCAAAUGAAUAACCUUGUGAGGAUGCACCAGCUGCAGCUGCUGCCGUAUUUUGAGCUUAAAUCGGCAGUCAACCAACAGCUCGAGGCCCAAAAGCAACAAGUUCGGCAGCUAGAGGAGAGCGUUGCUAGAGCCAAGGUGACGUAUGCUCAAGCUCUCUCCAACUUGGAGACCAUCUCUGAUGAGAUUCACCGUAAUCGUCAGUCUCAGCUAGACCUGGGUGUGCGGGGCAUUGGGGUUGGGGCGGAGUCUCCUUUACCUCCGCUCCAAACUAUAGAUGGGGGACACCAGCUUGCAACGCACCCCCUCCACUAUGCAGAAUCAAGUAUAGAGGCCAAUACUCAGGAGUUUAAAUCAUUACCGGGAAAACUGGGACCGGUGGCAGCACCCAUUAUGGCAACUGUGAUAGGAAAGUGUUGGUGGCAGGACUUGAGAGGAGACUGGUGCAUCAGACCUGAUCAAGGCCCAUAUUACACACACUUUUGGCAGACUGCAGUGGCAUCCUCAACCACUGUCUCUGUAACCUCCAGUAUGGCAGCAGCUACAUCUUCCACUACAGCUACCUCCCGAGCCACUGCUGCUGCUCUUGCUAUGACCCACUGUGAAGUGGCUAGAGAGGAAAAUGCCAGCUUGGUAAUGGAACCCAGGGGAAACAGCAAGCUGGAACUGGAGCCUAGGGAGGACAGGAGCCUGGAGCUGGAGCCUAGGGAGGACAGGAGCCUGGUGCUGGAGCCUAGGGAGGACAGGAGCAUGGUGCUGGAUGGAGGAGAGGCUAGAAACUUGGUGCUGGAUGGAGGGGAGGACAGGAGCUUGGUACUGGAGCCUAGGGAGGACAGGAGCUUGGUGCUGGAUGGAGGAGAGGUUCUGGUGGAUGACGGUGAUGGGACAGCUACGUACACAGACCUAACAGGUUGGCAGGUUAUUGGUCUGGGCAGCCCAGCAUUAUCACCAGCAACACAGUAUCUCACCGUAGAGGACCGGGACUCCAUCGUGUCUGAUACAGAGAGUUUGGCCAGCAUUGAAAUGCUCAGUGAUGAAGCUAUCGCAGGAUUAAUGCUGGACGAAGAACUAGCAGAAGCUUCAACUUCCAUAUGCACCCCACUCAACACUCCUGUUGUAGAUCCACCCAUGUCCCUAACUGCUUCCAUCCAGUCAUGGCCAACAUUUUUACAGAGUUAUGUAAGGGCUGCUCAGCACACGGCUGAGACAACAGCCACACAUUCCAUGCCCGAACAGCAGGACCUCGGCGAAGAUGAGUAUUCUGGUAUUACAGAGUCUUUGACAGGAUUAGAAUUAGACACACUACAUUCAGGAACCAGGCAGCUUCAACCUCCCCACACGUUGUCCCUCCUCCACGAUUCUUCCUCUGAUCAGUCGUCUCCAGAGGACCUCACACCGGGUUAUGCACCUUUGCGUGACACCCCAUACUCCCCAGAAGACUUCUUACCCUCCAAUCAAGACCUCAGUGCCCAACCUUUGGACGAGGCAUCGUCACGUCUCGGUCCCUCGGCUAGUGACGACGUGCGGGAAGAACCCCACCGCAGUUCAUGGGUUCUAGAAAAUGCCCCACCAGCCCACAAAUGAUUUUUAGAGCUUUAUUAACAUUGAUUGAUCAUUUUAAUGUACAUGUAAAGUACUGUAGUAUAUUAUAAAUUAAGGUAAGUGACUGUGUGGUGGCAGAUCAUCCAAAUUAAUUGAGCUGGCGAGAUAUACUGGCACCUGCAUUUUAGCUUCUCUCCCUGGUAUGGCAUUAAUGGCAAGACUUCUGCUUGAGAUUAGAUAUGUUCUUGUUAGUUGCAAGUCAAGAUAAAAAUGAAGCCAGCUGCAUAAGCAUUAAAAUACACAUUAUUGGAUACUAUUUUGCAAAUCAAAGACAUUAAUUUAUAAAGUAUCUUCAAAUUAAACAAUUGUUAAGACUUAAGUCAAUGGAAUAAUGAAGUUAUGACUGCGUGCAUGGUGUGAAUUUUGUAUAACAGUUUGUCAUCUAGAUAUGUUUGAUGUACUUCAGUGUUGAUUGGUUUAGCUGAUAGUUUCCAGUUUCUCAUGGUAUAAGGUGUAGUGAUUAAUUAUCAAAAAUAAUGAUGCAGAGAUGUGGCAAUUUAACAUUAUAGUCAUUAUUAAAAAAUUAAUUUUGUACAACUUGCAUACCGGUAACUUUGCUGUAGUGCAUUAAAAGAUUGCAUAUACAGUGUAUAUAUGGUUGUGUAUAUAUGUAUAUAUAUAUAUUAUAUAUGUAAUAUAUAUAUAUAUAGUAAACAUAGAUCAACUUGACAUCUAUAGUUGGUAUAAUUAUGGUAUUGUAAACUGGAAAGAAUGCUUAUUAAGCUUGGUAUUCGAUGUAUCGAUGUAAGCUUACAUCAUAGUCAGGAUGUUGAGAGAGAAUUUAAGCAUCAAUUUAAAAAAAAUCUAAAUAAAAAGUGAAUUUGUUA